UUACUUAAGUAAUAUAUAGAAUGCAGUAUUUUUGCACUGUGGUACUUUUACUUCAGUAAAAUAUCUGAGUACUUCUUCUACUGACUGUUUUUAAAUGUGUUCUCUGUGUUUUCCGACAGCCCCUGAACGCAGCAGAAGGAAGCGCAUAGUGGACAUGGAGCCUUCACCUGCUCUCAGCUAUUGCAGCGGUUCCCACCUGUGUGGCAUCACAUCGGCACCGUCGAUGCAACCGAUCGCAGAGAAAUCAACGCUGACUUUAAAAAACCGAAGGCGAGAUAGACGAAGAAGAGGAGGGAGAAGAACGAGCUGAAGAAGACGAAGAAGAGGACGAGACGGAGUCAUGAUUCACUCAAAUCACUCCAUCUACUCGAUCUUCUGCUGCUGUUGUGCCUUACAGACCAGGGAGAUCAGCACCCGCAUGGAGCUGGAGGGAAGCACCUCCCUGUGUUUCCAGAGCAGACGACAACCAGGGCACGCCUGCCGGGUCGACAGGUCGAGGAGGAAGCUCCCCCUCCCGCCUCCAGAUGAUGAGGACGGUGAAGGUCAAGGGUUGCUCAGUGUCGUCGCCAUGUAUGACUUCACCGCCAAGGAGGACACUGACCUCACACUCAAACAGGGAGAAGAGUACGUCAUCCUCCACAAACAGGACCAGCUGUGGUGGAGAGCGCAGGACAAACACGGGAAUAAAGGCUUCAUCCCCAGCAACUACGUCACAGAGAAAAACAGAAUCGAGGCGAACUCGUGGUACUGCAAGAACAUCACCAGGACAGAAGCUGAGCAGCUGCUGCGACAAGAGGACAAAGAGGGCGGUUUCGUGGUGCGGGAGUCCAGUCACACGGGAGUCUACACCGUCUCUGUCUAUACCAAAAUGUUAAGUGUUAACGGGAUCAUUCGGCAUUACCAGAUCAAAAUAAGUGACACCGGACAGUUCUACCUGGCUGAAAAAUACACCUUUAACUCCAUACCGGAUGUCAUACACUACCACGAACACAACGCAGCAGGUCUGGUGACCAGGCUGCGGUAUGCAGUGGGUCCGAUGGGAAGGUGUGUGCCCGCCACGUCAGGAUUCAGCUCAGAGAAGUGGGAGAUCAACCCCAGCGAGUUGACCUUCAUGAAGGAGCUGGGCAGCGGCCAGUUCGGCCUAGUGAGGCUCGGCAAGUGGAGGUCUCAGCACCGAGUCGCCAUCAAGGCCAUCAGAGAGGGAGCCAUGUACGAGGAGGACUUCAUCGAGGAGGCUAAAGUGAUGAUGAGGCUUUGCCACCCUAAACUGGUGCAGCUGUACGGCGUCUGCCUGCAGCAGCGCCCCCUGCUGAUCGUGGCCGAGUUCAUGGAGAACGGCUGCCUGCUGAACUUCCUACGUCAGAGGUCUCGCUCUCUGACAGACGCGUGGCUUCUGUCCAUGUGCCAGGACGUCUGCGAGGGGAUGGAGUACCUGGAGGCUCAGAGUUUCCUCCACAGAGACCUGGCGGCCAGGAACUGUCUGGUCAACGAGCACAACGUGGUGAAGGUCUGCGACUUUGGGAUGACCAGGUACGUUCUGGACAACCAGUACACCAGUUCUAGUGGUGCCAAGUUCCCAGUGAAGUGGUCUCCUCCAGAAGUUCUCCACUUCAGUAAAUACAGCAGCAAGUCUGACGUCUGGUCCUUCGGUGUGGUGAUGUGGGAGAUCUUCUCGGAGGGUCGGACUCCGUUUGAAAACAGCUCCAACUUGGAGGUGGUUAAUGACAUCACCAGAGGAAUUCGGCUGUACCGACCUCACCGAGUCUCGCAGCCGCUCUACGCCAUCAUGUACCGCUGCUGGCACGAGAAGCCUCAGGGUCGGCCAUCUUUCACAGAGCUUCUGGAGGAAAUCAGAAAACUGGCAGAAAAUCCGGAUUAACUCACACAUACACACGUAUUAUAUCUCUGAUUAUCAAACUGUUUUUUAUCAUGAAUGUACACAGACUGUAUUUUGUUAUUGUAAAUAACUAUUUUUUCAUUAAAACCGUUUCACAGA